AUAAAUUCAAUAAUAUCAAUAAAAACAAAGUUAGUAUUUAGGUCGCAAUCAUCACCGAAAUCCUCCAUCAUUUAUGCGUCAUGGUAUUGGCAUGAAUCAUGCUCAACAAACGACAAGGUAACGUUCUCUUAUCAAUUAAUGGCCGAUCAGGAUAACACUGUUGUGAAGCAUCAAAUUCCACAUAUAACAACAGAUCCGCCGAGCAGUGGAGAAAGUUCGCCUCCAGUAAAAGUGCCCGAACUGCUAAAGGGUACUGUGGAAAUGUGA